CUGGUGUCGUAGAUCUUAGAUCUCACACGCCCGCUAUAUAUCAUACGCGCAGUUGAGAUGUUGAGGGUGCAAACUAUCAACGACUCGUCCGCUCUCCAAGCACCACUCCUGUCGCAUAUCUCGUCCACAUAUCAUCGCCCCAUUCGACUACGUUCAAGUGUCAUCGUACAUCCCCUGACAUACACACACUUGCUACCUGCUUGCUUCAUCGUUGUUGCGUCAAUAUCAUGUCGCGCAGCCUCUCUCAAGACGACCUCGUGGGCGAAGACAUCUGUCGUGACAUGCAGGAACUCCAAAUUGCGGAUUCCGAGUCGGACCCGACGCCCUUGAACCUUCACGAGGAAGAACAAGAACAAGAUGCAAUGUCGUUGAUCGUCAUGCCGACUGAAACAAAGCUCAUGUCCUCCCGUCAAAAGUAUUACGGUUGGGCGUUUGGCCUUCAUACCCCGUUGCAGUAUCUGCGGAAAACGGAUGCGAUCCUUAACCUCUCGACCAUGCCCUGGCAAGCCCUUCGUACAUAUUUCGAGGGUCGGGAGAAAAUCCAUUACCGCGAUCUGAAGGACGAAGAUGUGCAGCAACAAUGCGAAUGGCUGGACCGAUGUGCCUACAACGAUAUCGAGCUUUACCUCCAACAGCGUUACUGUUGUCUAUUGAGCAUUUUCGUCCCAGACUCAAACGAAUACCCUUUUGCUAUGGCAAUACGAGCCAUUGGCCCACAGGAGGGGUCUGAUGUACACGAAAGCUUGUCCAGAAUGGUCGACGAAGUGGGCAGUGCUUUGGAAGGUUUGAAAGCCAGUCAAGCAGAGUGGUGGAACGCGAUCGUCUAGCGAGAAGGCUUAGGUGGCUGUGUAUUUCGAACUACAAUGUUUUGGGCGAGCGUGUCAUUGUUACGCAGUCUACCUCGACGUGGACUUGAUUGAUAUGUUUUCCUUUCGGUUUCUUCGAGGCUUGUUCUGCUCAGGCCGUACUCGCAGUCUCUCCAGUCAUGGAUGGAUGCUGAAGCGAUCUCAUCGUGUGUCAUACUACAGUUGAUGUUGAAAACAAAGACAAGGCGCACAAAGAGCGCUGCGUUGAUCCGA